CGAAGAGGACUUUACAUUUACAGAAGACGUGCCUGGCAGUCUGCUCAGACCUGUAAUAUUGUCCAGACGGCUCAAGACACAAUAGAAACAGCUAGCUGUCCCUUGUUUUACAAUGGAGCUAAUCUUGAUGGUAAUGGAGUGUUUACCAUUAUAAUGGGUGAGGAUGUAGUGACUGGUCUUGCCCCAUGUAAUGUUUCUUCUGGAUGGAUUGCUGUCACACUGUACACCGGUUCACCACCAGAAUUAGCACCGACGACAGAAGUCCCGUCUUCAUCUAUAGAAACCAUUUCUCCAGAACCGACAGAAGAGGCAACAACAGCGCCUGUAUUCAUAGCAUCCCCUCCUGUUAUAAUUGAGACCUGGCCCGAUCCAGCAGUCACCAGAAUUCCCGACUUUUCUACAUGGAUCUUCCAUUUCAAAUUCAACCAAAACGUGAAUAGGCCGAGUAGACCUGCUUUUGUCAAGGUUUACUACUGCAUCGGUUUUCGGGUAUUUUCAAUUGAUGCCUCCGCUGAUGACAACGUUCACUUUCCUGCCCCAGACACAAUGCAAGUUGUUGUCCCUGCGACAUUGAAAGCACUGCUAGCUCGAGGGCAAGUGUUUCAUGUGUUGUUGGAUGAGGGUGUGGUAACUGGUCCUGGGCCACGUUAUGCUCCGUCAGCUGCUGUUACAGAUCCCGAUUUCUACAAAGUAUUGUACAGUGGCUUGGUGUAUGAAUCUAGUGAGACUCCGUACUACACGACCCCAGCGCCUCCAUCAAGUUGCUCUGACACAGAACGUCCCACUAUCAUUCAGUCUUGGCCAGCUGAAGGAUUUUAUUCUUCAGACAGUUUGGAUAAACUGAUCCUCAAAUAUGAUCAGGAGGUUAGUAUAAAUAGAGAUUGCAUGUACCAUUUCACUUUUGUUUGCAAUAAUUUGGGGAUGUAA